UCCCUUUAAGAGUUUGAGCUGCUGGCUUGUUUGAAUGUUUGGAUUGUGGAGGAGUUUUGGCGAAACUGCAGAGUUUGGAAAUUAUCUGCUUUAUAAUUUAUAAAAGAUUUAGAAAACUCAUUUCUGUCAACAAGCCAGCAUUAAGUUACUGGAACCUAUCUGAAAAAGGAAUAAAAGAAAAUCUGGGAAAUCCGGAAAAGAAGGACUGGGAAAAAUACAAGAGAGAAAGAAAAGGAGAAGGGAAAACUGGAAACUUACUAACACAGCGCUGUGGGCUCCAUCUUCAAAGUCGCAGGCCGUCAUAUACGAAAUCUAACAAAACCAUGAGAAGAAAACACGUUUUAGUCAUCGGGUAUCAAUUCAGUUUUCAUUUUAAUUAAACCGGGUAGUGCACGCAACGUUUUCAAAGACUUGCCUGUUUUGUUUUUGUACUGUACGUCGUAAUGUUUUGAAAAUAACAAGGAAUACACCGACUAUUAUACAUGACAACAUACCUUUUUAAAAUUGAAAUCAUACAAAUGAACAAGGGUGUACUUUUUAAUUUUUAAAUCGCAUACAGGUUAUAGUGUAAUAGGCUAAUUGUAUAGUGAAAUCAUUUUCUUCCGGUUUUGGGAGGUCAAAUGUUUUUUAAACGAUAGUUGUUUUGUUUUUUUUUAAAACAAAAUCAGACAAACAUAAUUUAAAGUAGUUUGUAUUAAACUGUCUACGGCUUGUUCUAAGUAUUUUGUUAACGUUUCUGAAACAGUUUUUACCUUGUACCUGAUAGAUAAGUGAUGAUUACACCUGUUGCUUCCCCCGUGUCUAACAUGAACUGACCCUAAAAAGGCAACAGGAGGAGCGAAUUUUACUGGCUGUAAAUUAGUUUAUUUGGCAUUGACAGUGUUUUGUAAAUAUCCACGUUUGUUUAUGAAAAUAAACAGAAGAUGAAAGUAACAGUCAGUUUUGGAAGGACUGGAGUGGUUGUCCCUUGCAGAGAUGAGUGGACGGUCAGAGAGUUGAUACAGCAAGCAACUCAAAGAUACAUUAAAACGCUGGAAAAGGAUGGCAAUUACUCAGUAAAGAUUCAUCACAUUGAAUACAUAGAUGGAGGAAUAUUGGAUCCAGACGAUGUUUUGGCAGAUCUUGUGGAUGACAAGGAUAAGCUUAUUGCUUACUACGAGGAGCAGGAGACACCGCAGAGCGAGGGCCUUAAUGGCAGCCUGACAGGAAGACGGAGCCCCCCAGACCACUUUGAGAAUGGAGUGUCUGCCCAGCUUGCUGUCUUCCAGCCAGUCAGCGGAGAGAUUGAGGUCAACUCUUCUGCACUGAAAUCCAGCACACCACUCCUGGUGCGGCGGAGCAGUGACCCGGCACUCAGCCCACCUGCUGAAUUUUACACAGGUGUUUCACAUCCGGAAGAUGUCAGUCUGAAGCCCAGCACCACGGGUGUAAACCAAGCAUUGACAGAUGAGGGGGGAGCUGACCAGAGCCGAAGAGCAGCAGUGGAGACAACCCAAAUGCAGCAAAUUGUGUACAGUGACCUGGCAAGGACGGUGACGCUUGCUGGAGAUGAUGGACCCCUGGGGAUCCAUGUAGUGCCCUACGUUUCAUCUCUCAGCGGAAGGGCACUUGGUCUGUACAUCCGUGGUGUGGAAGAAAACAGCAGAUCCAAAAGGGAAGGCCUUUUUCAAGACAACGAAUGCAUUGUUAAAAUCAAUGAUAUAGACUUAAUGGACAAGUCAUUUGCUCAAUCGCAAGAGUUGUUCCGACAAGCCAUGAAAAAUCAAACUGUCAGCCUUAAUGUGCUACCUGCACCCAACAGAGAUAGAUAUGAAAAGACUCUGAUUGGUCACCUGUACAGCCUAGAGCAUGAAGACAGUGUUCCGAAGCUCCAGGUUCCACUCCCUGUGAAACCCAAGCCUGCUCCAGCCAAUCGGAAAUCGGAGAUUGGACACCCUCCGACGCCUCAGAACACUAGUCUUUCUCCGACUAAGAAUAUCAAUGAAAAUACAUUGGUGAAAAAGAACUCCUCUUUAUCCCCUCUAGUAGGGUUUGGCGGCAAGAAAAUAGGCAAGAAAAUCAAAAUUGACCUCAAAAAAGGUCUAGAGGGCCUGGGUUUUACAGUAGUUACCAGAGACUCCUCAGUCCACGGGCCUGGUCCCAUCCUGGUGAAAAACAUACUACCAAGAGGAGCUGCUGUGAAAGAUGGCAGAAUGCAGUCUGGAGACAGGAUCUUGGAGGUGAAUGGCAGGGACAUCGCUGGUAAAAGCCAAGAAGAACUGGUUGCUAUGUUACGAAGCACCAAACAAGGAGAAACAGUGUCUCUCAUUGUGGCAAGGCAGGAAGAAGUCUUCUUACCUCGAGAGCUGAAGGGGGAGCAGGACUGUGUCAUCCCCUUCCAGGAGGGUAAGGAGCAGAUGAUGUUCGAGGUCCCUCUGAAUGACUCCGGCUCAGCUGGGCUGGGAGUGAGCCUGAAAGGGAACAAAUCCCGAGAGACCGGAGCUGACCUUGGCAUUUUCAUCAAAUCCAUCAUCCACGGCGGGGCUGCCUAUAAGGAUGGGCGCCUGAGGGUGAAUGACCAGCUCAUAGCGGUGAACGGGGAGUCUCUGCGGGGGAAAUCCAACCAUGAGGCCAUGGAGACGCUGCGCCGCUCCAUGUCGAUGGAGGGAAACAUUCGGGGGAUGAUUCAGCUGGUUGUGGCCAGGAGGCUGGAAAAACAAAAUGAGGAGCAUUAUGAUUCUGGAACACUUCAGAGCCGAGCUGUUGACAGCCAUCAAGGUUGGCAAUCAACUAAUAAGCCCUACGACCCUCUCCAACCAACUAUGGUGACUAACAAUAUAUACGAAAGGAUAGUUGUGAAUAAGCCAAUGACGAAUGGGAGACAUGAAGACGACGAGGAGGAACAAUAUGGCGAGGAGGAUGAUGACCUGCUACCCCCACCGCUUCCACCCCACCCUAACGAUGAGCUGCUAAUGCAAACAACUCCUCUAAGACCAGAACACCACAGGAGCUUGGAGCCCGGUGUGACGGCGCAUUUGAAAAAACCUCAUCCAGGCCUGGAUCCCUCGCAGCAGCAGCAGCCAGAAUAUAGCAAACUGAAGACUUCCAAAAGCAUGGAUCUUGUGGCAGAUGAAAGCAAUGUUGGAUCACUAGCUGGACAUAAGUCAGGCUUUUCUCCCGGUCGAGACGUUGGUCCAACCUUGGGUUUGAAGAAGUCCAGCUCUCUGGAGAGCUUGCAGACAGCUGUAGCCGCGGUCAGGAAGAAUGAUGUGCCCUUCCACAGACCAAGGCCUCACAUGGUGCGGGGGCGAGGCUGUAAUGAGAGCUUCCGGACUGCCAUCGACAAAUCCUACGAUGGCCCUCCAGAAAUGGAAGAUGAUGGAUUGUCUGAUGCGAGUUCAGGCCGUGAUACCCCAGCCAGCGGAUCUUCACGACAGGGCUUCAGAGACACAGACGAAGCCAAGAAAGACAAGAAGAAGAAAAACAAAGACAAGAAAAAAGAAAAAUUGAAAGACAAAGUAAAAGAGAAAGACAAGAAAAGGGCUGAAGAUGCAGAGGAGCAGGAGAAGAAAAGCAAAAAGAAAGGGUUUGGUGCAAUGCUGAGGUUUGGCAAAAAGAAGGAUGAGAAGGGAAAGCCGGAUCAGAAGAUUCUUAACAAACAGAAGUCUGAAAUGCUUAGUGAGGAGGAACUUGAGAAAAUGAAAGAAGAGAGAGAGAGGAUUGAGGCGAAACACCAGGAGCUGAGGGAGAAGCAAGCCAAAGUGAAAUAUGAUCACGUUCCUGCUCAUGGUCCCCCACUGCCUGAUUUUGAAGAUGAUGAGGCUGACCCAAACUAUGCACGAAUCAACAACUUCAGGGAGAAGGCACCGCCCCAGAGUGUGUACAGACCACCCUCCCCACACCUGCCCCCUGCACCCAUUAACUACCAGAGGGACCCUCCUGCAGAUCAAGAGCAUCUGGAAGGACUCUACGCCAAGGUUAACAAACCUCGAAACCAGCCCGCUCCGUAUGCUGACAGCGGGCAGGGCGCAGCCAGCAAUGUAGACCGGAUCCAGCGACUGAGGAAGGAGUAUCACCAGGCCAGAAGAGAAGGGGUCGCUCCCCCAUACGAGGAAAUCGAAGGAAGAUGGACAGGCCCUGACUAUGAGCCCAGGGUACCUGGAAGAGGACAUGACGCACGUCCAGCUGUGCCGCGCUAUGAAGACAUAGAGAGGCAGUAUGCAUCUCUACCCAGGCGGGGGCCAGUGGAACUUGACGAUUACCCAAAGCAUCCACGGCCUGCAUAUGUGGAACGAGAGCACCCGUCCUACCCAGGACCCCAGCCUGCAUUCCUGCCUUAUCCUGCCAGGGGCAACUAUCCCCGGCCACCUGAUCACAGGGGGGUGGACCCCAGGCAGAUAGACCCAGGCUACUACCCACCACCUCCACCCAGGGGACCCAAACGUCAAGACGUGCCCCCUUCUCCCGCUGCUCUGAGAGGCCCUCGUUUCGAGACUGCAGGCAGGACGUACCACGGGUCCAGCCCAGAGCCUUACAGCUACGGGGACAACCGGAAUCAGGACCCGCGGCAAAAAAAGACAUGAUAUCAACACCAGGGAAACUUUGUAAUACAGUAUCUUAUUGAAGGGUUGUCUUUUUUUUUUUUCUUUAUCAAAAGUGAUAAAUCCACUGAAAUUAAGUUUAAGAGCAGUAAUACAUGUGAAACCAAGCUGUAAAUAAGUAUUUGGACUGAGGCAGGUGUUUCCUUCUGUCUGUCAAUUCCUUAGGUUUCUUCUUCUUUUUCUAGCCUUUGUCCAGAGAGUGACUACAGUACAUACACAAUGCAAUAACAUUUACUUUGAGUUAGUUUUUUUUUAUUUAUUUUUUUUUUAAGUCAAAUAUUCACCUAAAAAAAAAAGACAAAGUUGAAUAAAAUCUGGGGAUUUUCAUUAGGGUAAAUGUGCUCAAAGGUGCCUCGUUAAAUGUAUGCAAAAAAAAAAAAAAAUGAAAAAGCUGCUAAGACCUUUUUGAAAUACUUUUCAAAUAUUGCAUCAUUCCAGUCAAUCACAAAAGAGCAUUUUUUAUCCAAGCUGUAUCUUGGGCUCUUACUCCUAUAUGAAAAGAUAUGACAUUUAAAUGAGUGAGCGGCCAGAAUACAAUGAUGCUGCCAUAGACAUUAGAGUUCUCAAAAGAAAUGUCAUUCUCUUUGUAUAUAAACUGUAUAAUACUGUAAAUUGCUUUACACGAUCAAACCAGUGUUUCAGGACUGGCUAUAUCAGAUGUUUGUUUGAUUAUAUUUAAUGGAGACUACUUACAGUGCCAGUGCAAACAGCAGAACUGUCCGGAGCAUGUCCAGUACUGAAAAGAACAGUGAAAAAAGUGACAUGAUUGUCUAGCAUUUCUUCUACACUUCAUCCUAAAUUGCAUUUACAGUUGGAAUUACUUUGUCUUGUAUGUUUUUUUUUAAUCUUUUUGUACCAUAUACUGUAAAAGGUCUCCCCUGUGCAUUGAUCUCAGUGAAACAGUGUGCACAAGACCCAAAUUGCAAUUAAUUGUGCUAGCUGUCAGUUAUUUAUAAAAUAGAGAGAGAACUGAGAAUGAGUUCUAAACUAUAAACAGGAUGGAGCCCAUUCUAAAGAAAUGUCAGCCUUGUGAUCUUUUGAUGCAACACAUAGAGAAGUAAGGCAUCUGCAUGUGAGGAUAAAGGAGUUGCUUUAUGUUUCAAAGGGGAUUUUCAAAGUGGCCAUUCCCUACUAAUCAUUAGCUGGUAUUUAUUUUCUGUAAAGUUCUAAGAUCUGUAAAGAAGAAAUAAAGUUAAUUUCGCAAUUCAGUGAUUAACCAGUGUAGCUUAUUCACAUUUAGGACAUGCUGUAUGAAUACUAUGCUGUAUAACCAAUCUGUAUAAGGACCCUUCCCUAAGUUACCAUGUUCAAUGUUUCACAUUAAUUUGAUGCGGAAGUCAGAUAACGAAAUAAUUACGGAACAGAUAAAACAUGAAACUGGAUCUUCUAAAUGCUAAUUAUUCUACCAGUUCUCUGUUUUGACAUAUACUGCACUGCGGUUGAGAUGCAAGGUAUUGUAAAAAGCCUUUUGCUGCACUGGAAAAUAAUGUGUUUGUGCUUUGCCAUGAAUCUUCUCUCGCAUAUAAUGUAUGUGAUUAUUAUAACAAAUUAGAUUGCUUUUUUUUUUUCUCUCUGCCUACUUUAGAUGUUUGUGUUGUUGUUGUUGUUGUUAUUAUUAUUAUUAUUAUUAUUAUUAUUAUUAUUAUUAUUAUUAUUAUUAAAUCUGAGUGUCUUUUCAAAAAGUAGGUACACGAAAGCUUUCAUUUGAUGGUACAAUAUUGGGAACGAAAGGUACUUUAUUAUGUCAUUGAUGCUGAGGCUGAAAAAUCUUGGAGCAAAAAGAACAAAACUAACCUCAACAUGGUAAAUAGCUGUGUUCUGCUACCAGAAGUAAUAUAAACAGGAUUUAAUUAGGAGAUGCCACAUAUUAACUUUUUUGAGUGUUUACAUUAUAUACCAAAUAAUUUUGUUUUGCCUUUGAUUGAUUGUUAAAUCAUUUUAAUGAGACCAGACGAAUUUGAAAUUGUUGUAUAACACGAAGAAGUAGUAUUUUGUCAUCAUUAAUAUGUAUUUUUUUUUAUCACAUUUUGUAUUAAAUGUAAUAAAGAAUGUGAUCUUUACA